UCGAAUUACCCGAAACGAAAAUGAAAACUGAGCCCACUAUAGUUGGUGGUAAUAAGAUUCGCAAGGAUAUCGAAUUCGUUCGUGUGGAAAACAGUUGCAAGGUCAUUGGGGGAGCGACAAAUUUCGGAGCAAACACAUUCGAUAUAAAAUGCCAUGUUCGGUGGCUUGGAGAACAUUCCCAACAAAGACGAGAUACAGUAAACAUUAUGGCUUUUAAAUUUGUUCUUUUCGUUACUCUGGUAGCAGCUGCCAGCGCAGGACUGAUACCGCAGCAUGGAUACGCAUCUUCUCAUCAGAUCUCUAACAUCCAGCAUCAUGCUCCAGCUCUGCAUCACAUUGCUCCAGUUCAUCAUGUGGCCGCUGUUCAUUCUGCUCCAGUCCAUCACACCAUCGUGAAGGAUGUCGAACAUCACGCUCCAGCCAACUACGAAUUCUCGUACUCUGUACAUGAUGAACACACCGGAGAUAUCAAGAGCCAACACGAAACCCGUCACGGAGAUGAGGUCCAUGGACAGUACAGUCUUCUGGAUUCGGAUGGCCAUCACCGCAUUGUCGACUAUCAUGCUGAUCAGCACUCCGGAUUCAACGCCGUUGUUCGUCGGGAACCAACUAACGUCAAGAUUGCCCAGCCAGUGCACAAAGUGAUCGCUCAACCAAUCCAUUUGGCCUCUCAUCACGCCGUUGCUCCUCUGUCCCACGCCACCAUCUCGCAUAAUGCCGCUCCAGUGGGUCACAUUUCCCAUGCUGCUCCUAUUGCCCAUAUCUCGCACCAUUCGGCUCCAUUGGCCCACGCCUCUCUGUCGCACGUUGCCCCAAUUGCUUACCAGAGCCAUGGACACCUGGCCUCCAGCCACCUUGACCUCCAUCAUUACUAGAUAAGUAAAUAAUCGGUGAAGGAUCUGAUAAUUUGCUAUAAUGUAAUAAAAUGAAAGGAAUUAUUGAAAA